AUGUUGCUGGAGUGGGUGUCCUACCACGAGAUAUUGGCUCGAUUCAGCCUCCGUCACUGGAGAAAACCCGAAGCCGAAUUACCAAGUCAGGCAAUCUGCGACACGAGACCAUUCACGUCACCAGAAACGAGGCAGAAGGCGCAAGUCGAGCUUUCGAUGAUUAUUGGUCAAGCAUCCUUCGAAAGCAAGCGAUUCUUCAAACCUCUGCGUCUACUCUCCGAGGUGGUUGCGGAAAUCCUGCCGGCCGGCAAUCCCGAAACCCCUACAGAGGAAUACCGACGCAAGUUCGAAAAGCUCAAGGGAGAUAUUGAAAGCCUCCAAAUCUCGGCGUCAUACAGCCUGACGGAUCUCAAGGCAGACAGAAUCGCCGCCAAAUCCGAAGUGUAUCGGCUUUCAACGCUGGUAUAUCUAAGUCGCACCACCAACCAAGGUGAACGAGAGGAUUCAGAAAUAGCUGCAUUAGUCGAACGGGGAUUGCAGCUCCUACCUGUCAUGGGCACCUGUGAAAGACCGUUGCCGCUACUCAUAUUCGGCUGUGAAGCUCGUACUGACGAGGAAAGGCUUCGCAUCUUGAAUCUUGUUUCCAACGCGGAAAACACUCUACCGGCUCGCGAACUCCACUCCGUGAAGACGUUGCUUCAUGCACUUUGGACACAAGACGAUCUUCAUGCCGAUAACAUUCUCAAGCCGACCUACAUAGAAAAACUGUCGGCUGUUUUCAGUGCUAGCGACUUGCUUCCUCAUUUCGCCUAG